CUUAGAUAUCUUCUUUACUAGGAAAACUACACUACACUUCUAAAUUCCUUCUUUUUGACUACAAAAACCACGCCAUACUUAUAAUUUCCUAAGGACAAGUCACUUAUCCUUCCCCAACACCAUGAAGCUCGCUGCCCUUCUCACACUUCUCUGUGCUACUGGUAUUAAUGCUGGUUGGUAUCAAUGCCAUUGCUCUCGAUCGGGUGCUUUCAAUCAGCGUGCUACAAUAGGCGCUUGUCGUGCAAUUAGAGGUUCCGACCUCAUUAGUGUUGGUAACACAAAAGAAUGUAGACUUUCAAACCAAAACGCAUUAGCAACGGCCUUUGAAAGAGUAAGUCAUAACAUGUAGUUAUUAUAAUCAUUACUAACUAUGUCUUUAAAAGUACUGCGGCAAGCAACAUCCACAGCUUAAAGGAUACUGCCGCUGGGUAAUGGGUUAAGCAUAGUUAUUUAGAUAAGGAUUAAGUCUAGCCUAGGCUAGUAGGUAGGCAGGUUAUAAGGAUGUAAAUAGAGAGUAUAUAAAGUUUAGUAUUAUAGGUAAUCUUUAAUGUUAGAAC